AUGUCUUCCUGGGUGAUUACCGGAGUCUCCCGUGGCCUUGGCUUCGAGUUCGUCCGCCAGCUCUCUGAAGACCCGGCCAAUGCCGUCUUCGGCCUCGUCCGCGACAAAGCAGCCGUCGAAUCCAAGGUUGCCGCUGAAAUCGGCCGGAAAAAUAUUCACAUCAUUCAGGCCGACACCACGGACCCAAUGGCAUUGGAGAAAGCAGUUCAGUAUGUUUCGGAGAAGACCAAUGGCGCCCUUGAUUAUGUCAUAGCCAAUGCCGCGCUUCAAUCUAAGACUGCGCUGGUUGGCUUUGAUACUCUGAGCCGCGAUCCAGAAGCUCUUGAACAAGAUGUGAUUGACCACUUCCGAGUCAAUACCAUCGGCGCCGUCCAUCUUUUCAAUGCUUUCAUGCCCCUGAUUUUAAAAGGUCGGGCGAAGAAAGUGAUUGCCAUCUCCACGGGCAUGUCGGACCCUGAGAUGACACUCAAAGCCGAUAUCUACCAAGCCGCAUCCUAUGCAAUGAGCAAGGCAGCCCUUAAUAUGGCCAUGGCCAAGUUCAGCGCCUUGUACCGUGAGAAAGACGUCCUCUGCAUGGCUAUAUGCCCUGGUGCUGUAGACACUGGUAGUCUUAAUAUUGAAACGGAGGAGGAGGGACGGUUGGCUAUGGCUAUGUUUGGGAAGUUUAAGCAAUAUUCACCCACCUUCCACGGACCUAUGAAACCAGAAGCCAGUGCCAAGUCGGUCUUGGCUCUCGUGGAUAGGGCUACUGUUGACGGUGGUUAUGCAGGCGUCUUUCUCUCUCAUACGGAGUCUAAGCCGUACCUUUAA